CGUAGGACGCGCACAACUCUCCUUGCCAAAGCGGAGACCACCACCACAGAGGCGGCACGGCACGGCAAUUCUCCUCCUCACCGAAAGACGCGUCGUCGUUUGAAAAAAAGCGCGCGCAAAAACAAAACCAACGCGAAGGAAGAAACCAGGCGAAAAUACAAAACAAAAAAAAACCAACGACAAAAGUCGCGCGCGAUUCGUAAGCUGUUUACUUUGCCAUUAUAAAUCCGGCGAGCGCUUUCUUUGUGUUUGUGUUGAUGUUGCAAUUUCCCGAGCGAUAAGCGAUAGGCGAUUGAGGGACACAACAAGCGAUUACCAAUAAAAAGGAGAGUCGAUCAGCUGAUUGACAAGUAAUCCGUUUAAAAUGGCGCUGCAACUGGGUAGCGUUUGCCGGCAUCAGCGUCGCCGUCGCUGUCACACCCAGGACCCACGACAGGAGCAGAACCAAUAUCUUCACGAGAAGCUACAACAAAAAAACAAACUGCAACAAGUACAGUCACCGCCAAUAGUGCCAGUGAUGCUGCUGCUCCUGAUGCUGACACUCCUCACGCGGCCCCUAAGCGCCUUCUCGAACCGCCUGUCGGACACGAAGCUGCACGAGAUCUAUCUGGAUGACAAGGAGAUCAAGCUGAGCUGGAUGGUGGACUGGUACAAGCAGGAGGUGCUCUUUCACCUGCAAAACGCCUUCAACGAGCAGCAUCGCUGGUUCUACCUGGGCUUCUCGAAGCGGGGCGGCCUUGCCGAUGCGGACAUUUGCUUCUUUGAGAAUCAGAACGGCUUCUUCAAUGCGGUCACCGACACGUACACCAGUCCGGACGGGCGCUGGGUGCGCAGGGACUACCAGCAGGACUGUGAAGUCUUCAAAAUGGACGAAUUGACGCUGGCCUUCAAGCGAAAGUUCGACACUUGCGAUCCCCUCGAUCUGCGCCUACACGAGGGCACCAUGUAUGUGGUGUGGGCGCGGGGCGAAUCCGAUCUUGCCCUGGAGGAUCACCAGUUCGCGCUGCCCAAUGUGACGUCCAGCCACGAGGCGGGCGUAAAGAUGCUGCAAAUUCUUCGUGCUGACAAGAUACUCAUUCCCGAAACCGAUCUGGAUAUGGUGGAGAUUACCCUCUCGAAGGCACCCAUACCCAGCGAGGAGACCACCUACUGGUGCCACGUGCAGCGUCUGGACGACUUUGUACAACAUCGCCAUCACGUUGUGCAGUUCGAGCCGCUGGUCACGAAUCCGGCCAUUGUGCACCACAUGGAGGUGUUCCACUGCGAGGCCGGGGAGCACGAGGAGAUGCCGCUGUACAACGGCGACUGCACAAAUCUGCCGGCCCAGGCCAAGGUCUGCUCAAAGGUGAUGGUCCUCUGGGCAAUGGGCGCCAGCACGUUCACCUAUCCGCCAGAGGCUGGCCUGCCCGUCGGUGGCCCCGGCUACAAUCCCUACGUCCGGCUCGAGGUGCACUUUAAUAAUCCCGAAAAACAGGCCGGGCUCAUUGACAGCUCCGGUUUUCGCAUCAAGAUGUCAAAGAGUCUGCGACAGUUCGACGCAGCCGUCAUGGAGCUGGGCCUGGAGUACACGGACAAGAUGGCCAUACCGCCCGGUCAAACGGCCUUUCCAUUGAGCGGCUACUGCGUGGCGGACUGCACGAAGGCCGCACUGCCGGCGACAGGCAUCAUCAUCUUUGGAUCGCAGCUGCACACGCAUCUGCGCGGCGUGCGGGUGCUUACGCGCCACUUCCGCGGAGACCAAGAGUUGCGAGAGGUCAACCGUGACGACUACUACUCGAAUCACUUCCAGGAGAUGCGCACGCUGCACUACAAGCCCCGUGUGCUGCCCGGAGAUGCUCUGGUGACCACUUGCUACUACAACACCAUUAACGAUACGAGAACUGCCCUGGGGGGCUUCUCCAUCAGCGACGAGAUGUGCGUCAACUACAUCCACUACUAUCCGGCCACCAAGCUGGAGGUCUGCAAGAGCUCCGUGUCCGAGGAGACGCUCGAGAACUACUUCAUCUACAUGAAGCGCACGGAGCAUCAGCGCGGCAUUCACUUGAAUGGGGCACGUUCGGCGAAUUAUCGGAGCAUCGAGUGGAGCCAGCCGCGCGUCGACCAACUGUACACGAUGUACAUCCAGGAGCCGCUUAGCAUGCAGUGCAACAAAUCGGAUGGUGGCCGUUUUGCGGACCGCAGCUGGGAGGGCGUAACGCCCACGGCCGUGCAAAUCAAAAUUCCCAUACACCGCAAGCUCUGUCCCAACUAUAAUCCGUUGUGGUUGAGGCCGCUGGAGAAGGGCGAAUGCGAUUUGCUUGGCGAGUGCAUCUACUAAGCGGAAGGACAGGUUCGAGCCACAGCCCGAGGAUUAAGCAUGGGCAUGGCAACCCACACACAAACACACACACACACACACGCACACGCACAUUGGGAUUUUGGGAAUUUUCUUUAAGUUUUCAUCGUUUAAAUUGUUCUGUAGCUGUUCUGUUUUUCGUUUUGUUUUAUCGCCAUCAUCAGAUGACAUCAUCACUGGUCACUGGCAGGCGACUGGCAACUGGCGACUGGCGACUGGCAACCUUCUAUCGGCCGAGUGAAAGAGUCAAAAGCGAGACAAAAGGCCAAAACAAAUGUUUUCACUCUUUAAAUAACUAAUGCACUUACCUCCUUCAAU